AUGGGAAACGAAGGAGAAACACCAAAAAGCACUGCGGCAGCGUCUAUUUGCUCAGCGAUCCAACAACCGGCGGCCAUGCGCGAGGACGGCAACAUCGCGCUCAAUUGGCGAGAAUGGAAAUCAUCGUUCGAUUAUUAUCUUAGUGCGUUGGGAAAGGACACCGCUCCCGCUAAGGAGAAAUGUGCAUCAUUUCUUCAUGUUAUUGGGAGAUAUGGACGUGAAAUUUUUGAAGAACUAGAUUUGAGUGAGAUUUUGAAGAUAGAUUACGAAAAGGCAGGCAAGCAGGCGGAGAGGUGCGGGCGCGCCGAUCAGGCUGCGCCGGCGUCGACGUCCGCCGAUCCGGCGCUGGAUGAGUUAGGAGCGGGAGCGCGUGGCCGCGGUCGGUACACCGCGCGCCGCCUGCCGCAGCGAUAUCAACCACGACCGCAGCGAGCAUACAAGUUGGAUUACGGUGAUGGAAGACAUCCGACCGCCACCGAUCACAUCUUCACAGGUGAUAUUACCUUCUCAGUUAAGAGGACAACAAUCACCAGCACCGUCGGCUGG